ACAACUCCAAGACAAGUCUGAUUAACAAAAUCAAAGAUUUAUUGUAAAAAAAUAUGAAAAUAAAAUAAAAUAAAAAAAGCGGUUGCAAGCGCGGCCUCUUAGACUCUUCCCAAUUGGAUUGAGUUCAAAGAGCGCAAGAAGCAGUUUUCAAGCUACACAUUUUAUACUCCUACACAAUGCACGCCACGCCUAAGAAAUUCCCCCCUUACCCACUUUGUCCUUUUAGUUGUUUUACACCUUUAAGGGUCAUCUUGGCAAUUUCCGUCCAUUCUCUGAUAUCUUUUCUUAUUUACUUAUAAUUUUCACCUUGGGCCAAUGUUCCUGUCUCCUGAUAGGAUUUUUGGCUCAGGUGUAAGUUUGUGUCUCUGGGGAACUCUUAUCAAGUCAUAAUACAUUGUCUCCACAAUUGAUUACAUUACCAAUUAUAGUCACUUUGCAUAGUCAGAAAACAGCAAACAGAUAGUCUCACACUUUGGUAUUACAUUUGUUACAAUUUAUAAAAGAAUAACCUUUAUUUAUUUCCUUUAAAUGGCAACAUGUCUUGGUUACACAGUUCACCUUUAGAGGUGAGGGGUGUCCUGUGAGGAGGGGAGGACAAUACAGCUUUAUGCCAUCUGGGUCGCACAGUCCAAAGAUUUGCUUUUCCACAGGUCAUGGAGGAACCAUACAAGACAGAAAUUUUAUUGUACUUUUGCUAGUUUAAAGAAAACAAAGUGAAUAUGCUUGUACUGUGGAACAUAUUGCAUGAAUAUGAAGGUGGGUUGCUAAAUGCAGCAAGAACCCCUAGAAUGAAUGCCAGGUGAGGCAAGGUAGGGUGAGGGCCACUCAGAGAUUUGAUCUAUUUACGGAAACUUGGAAUGUUUGUGAUGUCCUGUUAGUCUGCAUUAUUGUGGAUGGGAUGUUUGACAGGGAAAAUGGAACGAAUUUAUCAGAUUUAUACAUUGCUCUCAACUCACCCGAUGAUUUUGGGUGGGGUACACUUAAUAGCCAAACAACUUAUUAUAAAAGAAGCCAAAAAACUUGUGUUUCGAGGGCGCCCUAUGCUCGGGACGUCCCCUCGGGCCGGGCUGGAGGCCCAGAAGCCGGGCGUGGGAGGAGCGCGUCGCCCGGUCCUGCCUGCAGGGGGCGCGGGAGGGCGGGCCGUUGGGGCCCCUAGCGACGCCGCGCGCGCCCCUAGCAACGUGGGCCCAGCCAUCAUGGAGCCGCCCGGCGCCCAGCCGCCCGUCCCGGUGCUUCCCGAGGCCCGGCCCUCGGAACCCGGCGGAGCUUCCCCGCGGCAGCCGGACCCGGCCUGGGCGCGCUCCCCCCGGCGGCGCCUGGCCACGCAGUUGCGGGAGGCGGGCCGCGCGGAGCCGCGGGAGGUGGAGGCGCUGCUGGCCGAGCUGUUGGCCGUGUGCCGGGCGGUGCUGCGAGGCGGCGGGCGGCGGGCGUGGCUGCGGCUGCUGGAGGCGCUUCGGCUCUGCGCCCCCUUCCGCGGGCUGCUCUCCGGGCGCGCCCCGCUGCCCGCCUACCUGCGCGCCCUGCGCUAUCAGGCCUGCGGGAGCCGGGCGCUGCUGGCCGACCUAGGCCUGUGGGGGGCGCUGCGGAGGGCCUUCCCCCGCGAGUGCGCGGCGCUGCGGGACGACCCCGAGGCCCCCUGGCCCCUGGCCCUGGCCACCGAGGCCCGCCGCCUGCCCGUUGCCCCGGAGCCGGCCUUCGCCGGGCUGCCCUGCCCCUUCCGCGCCGCCUGGGACGCCCCCGCCGCCGGCCUGCUGCGCCCGCGCCCCGUCUCCCUGCCGGAGCUGCAGCGCUGCGUGGGGCCGGUGGGCGGCCGCCUGGCCCGCCGGGAAGCCCCCUGGGAAGGCGGGCUGGGCAUGCUGCCCCUGGCCCUGGCCGCCGCCCUGCCCGUGGACUUCGCCUGCGUCGCCCGCCCCUCUCUGGAAUCCGCCAAGGUCACAAGCCCCGCGGCGGCCCUCGCCCACACAGCCCCGGCGGACAGGCAGGCCCCGAUGAGCGGACUCCAGGUAGCCGAAAUCCUCUCCGGGAGGUACUACGCGGGGGAGAUCCGGUUCUUCUACCUGAACACGGCCCCGAACCGGCAUUUCAGGCCUUACGACCUAGUAACCGUUCCAGGAUACUUGAUCAAGCCCCAGCACUAUGUCUUCUCACCCUUCGGGGUGCUGUGCGUGCAUCCCGAGGAGGGCUCCGAGGCACUUUCCUUGGGCGACUGGCAUCGGGAGGCCAGGCUGUGGCAGCUGAUGCAGUACAUUCCUUUCUUCCGCCUUUUCUUGGUCCACAAAGCCUUCACUCGGUGGUACUUUAACGUCAAACAUUUGCAAUACUUGAAGUGCCGGGAGAAGCUGAGCCUUCAGUUGCUUCAAGCGGUGCCCCAUUUUGGAGCAGCGCUUCUUCACAUAUCCAGACUCUUGCAGGAGCUGCAAGCCGUUCACUGGCUGCCAACCGGCACCAGCAGGUGUUACAACUUUGUUGAACUCAAGCGGUCCCUGGCCCAGAUGAACAGCAGCGCAGACGGGUACCUUCACAGGUUCCUCUCCCUCUGCACCUCCAUCUUGGAGCUGGUACGAGAUGACACCUACAAGAUGGUCCAUGGGCUGCAGAUGGAAGUGCAGGGCUACAAGUUGUACAUCACCAAAGAGUCCCCAUACCAGCAGCGGCUGCAGUUCGAGAGGCUGCAGUGCCGCUUGCGAGAGGCCGAGUCCUGGCUGCAGAAGCUGGGGGCCCUGGCCCUGCUGGUGAACUUCCUCGUUUGCCAGACCCUCAUCUCAGUGAUGCACCAGGAAGUCUCCACCUUCGUCAAUUGUACCAUGCAGGCUGAUGGCUCCGCCCGGAAAGCCGUCCUCCGGGUGCAGCUGGUCUUCAGUGCAGACAAUCAGCUCGUGGUCUUUCCCUCCAGUGAGGAUCUGGAAGACUGCCUGCUGGGGGCUCUGCAAACCAUGGUGGAGACCGUCCUGGAGACCACCCAGGUUAAAAGUGAGAAGGCAGAAGCUCAAGCAGGCCCCAGAACCAGGACACCUGAAGCAGAGUGUCCGCCUUCCCAAGCAGCUGGAGACGUGGCUGGCCCAGCCAGUGGGAGUGAUCAGAUCUCCAGGUUGCGUGAGCAGCUGCAGCAGAUGUCGGUGACGGUGCUGUGUGGUGAUAAAGCUCAGCUGGUGCAUCAUUUGGACCUGAAGGCCUGCAGUGGGCUGCAGGUGGUGGGGCACCGGCUGCGGGCCGAGUACCCCUUGAUGUCUCGUGAGCAACUAGAGACCGACCUGCACUCAGACAGCAUCAUCCAGAAGUCCAUGGCUAAACUGCGGGACCUCUUCAUGGCUGGGUUGGCAGAAACGCAGCUGCUCUGCCGAGAGUACUCUUGGCUGGGCCAGAUCUACCAGUACGUGCACAGCUGGAGUGACGGCCAGCUGGAGAGCAUGAAGGGCCUACCGGCAGAAGAAUACGUGAAUCAGAUCCUCAAGUUGCGCACCUGGGCGGUCCAGGUGCAGAAGGUGCCCCAAGUGGUUAUCACCUUCAACCGCUUCUUCCUGGUGGACUGCAGUGGCAUCCUUCAGGACAUCUUGCCCCUCCUGGCCUCCAUUGACGAAGAUAUCCUGACCCUCCUGCUGAGCGAGACCACCAAGCGCAGUGAGCAGUUCAUCGCCGAGUUGGCCUCGGUCCUGCAGCUGUACAUGAACAUUGGCACUGACAUUUUCACCAUUGCCAAGUGCUCACAGAAGCUGGAGCACUACCAAGGCCAGAUGGCUGAGCUGCAGGAAUACGUGGACUAUGUGCGCGCUCUCAGUGAGGUCAUCCAGCAGUGCUAUCGCCCUCUGAGCUCCAGUGAAGAAAGUCUGGAAAACAUGCUCUUGGACACCUGGGACGCCUUCGUGUACCAGCAGCGGGAGGUCUCCGACUUCAUCAUUUCACGCCGCCUGAGCAUCAUUGCUGAGCUCAGCAGCUCCCUCCAGGAAGCGACUCGGGAGCUCCAGGAACUGCUGACUACGGUUACCUUAGGCCGCUUCCAGGACCCAGCCCAGAACCCUUGUGUCAUGGAGGACGAGCUGAUGCAGCUCCUGCAGCGCUUCCAGGCUGUGGUGGGACGUGUUACGGACCUCUGCCACUCGCAGCGGAUUCUGACUGGGGGACGCACGGACCUCUCCCUCCUCACCAAACAGCAGGAGGUCAUCGAGAUUCAUAUCCGCGUCUGGCAGCUGUUCCGCAUCGUUUCUGAGCAGAUCAAGGAGUGGAAGUGCUUGGCCUUCGUCAAGUUUAGCGCCCCUCUGGCCUUGGAGAAGACAGAGGAAUGGCAGAAAGAGGGAGCCAGCUUGGAGGCUUCUUUGCCCAGCCACCACCGUGUCAUGCAGGCCUGCCUAUCAGCCAUUGGCAACUUCCAGAAGUACCUGCCCUUGCUCCUGAAGCUCGGGAGCCACUUCCUUAAGCUUGGCUGCUGGAAAGAGAUCUUUGCUGUGAUGGGUGCCAAGUGCCCAAUGAAUAUGCAGUUCACCCUGGGCCAGCUCCUCUCCUACCCGCUGCUGGAAUAUAGCGAUGCCAUCUUCAGGGUGUAUGCCCACGAGAAAAGCCGUCAUUAUGCCAGAGACACUCUCCUGCGUGUCCAGAGAGCCUGGGCAGAGAAGCAGUUCCGUCUCGUCAAUUUCAUCCUCAAUGUGCCCUACCAGGAACCGCAGCCGGAACGCUUCCGGCGUCCAACUAGCGGCCGCCAGCGUGCAGCCAAGCUUGAAUACAUCUCCAAGGACAGUGGCACCUUCGUGCUGUCAGAUACCACUGAACUGAAGGCUGCUGUGGAGCACAGCAUCUUAAUCCUCCAGAACAUGAUCCUGUCUCCCUUCUCCUCCGACAUCCUGGAAGAAGCCAAGAGCUGGGUGUCCACACUGCAUACUUUUGAAUCCCUUCUUUAUGCCUGGGUGAGUUUCCAACAGAAGUGGGUGUUCCUGAACAUGGUUCUUUACGAGAUGAACAUCACCCUCCCCAGCGCAGAGCUGGAUUCUCGGUUCCAGCGACUGGAUGGCCAUUUCCGGGAGGUCAUGCGGCUGACGUGCAACGAUCCCCUGGUGCUGUCCAGUGUCCAGUUAGGGCCAGGCUCUAGCCGGGACAGCCGCUUCAUUGGGGCCACACUGCAGGCAGCUUUCCGGGAGGGCUCUGCCGACCUGCAGGGCCUCAUCCGGGCCCUGGACUAUGUUCUGGAGGCCACCCGGAUGGGCUUCCCUCGCCUGUUCUUCCUCAGCAACGAGGAACUGGUGGCCAUGCUGUCCACCGCCAAUGAAACUGCGGAUGCUUCGGCUUGGUCCCAACGCUGCUUCCCUGGAGUGUGCCAGCUGGACCUUCUCCUACCCCCAACUUCGCAAAACCUUGACACUGUCUCUGCUGAAUUGCCCCUUGUGCAGGUGGUUGGCCUGCUGGGCAGCCACAGAGAGAAGCUGAAGCUGUGUAGCGCAGUCCCACUCGGCCGGAAAGCAACCCAGUGGCUCUGCGUCCUGGAGCACCACAUGAAGGAGUCUGUCUUCAACCAGCUGCAGGAGUGCGUGACUCAGCGCCUGGCUCUCAGGCCACAGCUGGAUUUGGCCUUUGAGCGGCGCCCUGGCCCCAUGGAACUGCCCCUGCACUUGGUGGCCGAGUGCUGGGCAGGGCUGGGCAACACCUUUCCGACCCAAUGUGUGCUAUUGGCCGAGGAGGCACUGUGGCGGGUGGCGGUGGAAGAAGCCUUCUUGAACCGACGGCUGCGGAAAGGUCUGGAGCUUAGACUCAGCCUGAAGCUGGAGGCUGUGGUUCACUAUAUCCGGAAUUACCGCAGUGUCCACACCUGGAAUCCAGAGCAAGACCACCUGGGCAUGUUGCUGGGGGACCUGAUCGUUGUCACCAUCCAACAACGUGAUGUCACCUCCCAGUUGCUCAAGCAUGAGGAGGCCUCUGUCCACCACUUUGAGUGGGCCCGGCACCUCAAGUACAGCGUCCAUCUGCUGCCCGAGAAAGCCCGGGCAGUGGGGCUCCCUCUGAGUUGCUCCUGGGUGGGCAGUCCUCCUGGCUGCUGGGCCGAAGUCCUGGACAGACGCUUCCCUUACGACUAUGAGUUUCUGGGCACCAGCUCGCAGCUGCUGGGCAGCCCUUUGCUGGACAGGACCUUCCUGGGGCUACUGCUGGCCUUGGAGGAAUUCUGCUGCGGAGGCCUGCUGGGCCGCCCAGAUGUGGGCAAGUCUCACACAGUGCGGGGCCUGGCCCAGUUUCUGGGCCGCCACCUGGUCACACUGCACUGCACCAGGCAAAUGUCUAUCGGCUGCCUUUCCCGGCACCUCUGUGGGGCUGUGCAUUCAGGGGCCCUGCUGCUGCUGGAGUCUUUUGAGCGACUGGAACCCGCUCUGCUCUCUGCUUUCAGCCAUCGCCUUGUCGACCUGCAGAGGAUGUGUCUGAAUUUUCAAGAGGGGGGCCGGGGGACGACCUCUGGCCAGCCCUCGGCUGUUUUUCCCCCUGCCAGCCCAGGUUCUGAGAGCUCUGAGAGCUCAGAGGAGGGCGAGGCACAGCCCGCUGGUUUGCCAGAGCUGGGCACUGAUGAGGCCGAGCCCUAUCAGCCGCGGGUUCUAGGAAACAUUCUUUUUGGGGGAAGGCUGCUCCGUGUGCGGGAGACGUAUGGCUGCGUGGUCACCCUGGAGUCUCUUCCAGAGCAACUGCGUCUGGCCCUGCGCCCCUUGGCAGUGAUGCCCCCUGACUUAAUGAGACUUGCGGAAGUCAUGCUGCUUGCGGCUGGCUUCCGAGAGGCCACACGCCUGGCGGAGAAACUCUGUGCUUUCCUUGAGUUGGAGAGGAUGCUCAAUCCUGGGCCCCACUUCAGCAGCCCCACCCUCAUCCGGAAGGUGAUUGGGACGGCCAUUGACAUUUUGUUUGCUCCCACACCCCGGCAAGACCCUUCACUUUCCAGAGCCAAGCCCUCUCCUCGGACAGCCUUCUUCCUGGGUCUUGAAGAAGAACCCGCUGUGGUGAAGGCUCUGUGCCGUUCACCCUUGCUCACUGGCCCCGAGGGUCCUCGGCUGCACAACGUGUAUGAGCUGCUCCACGAAGUCUUCCCCAGUGCCUCCCUGCCUCCCUCCGAGCAGCUGCCCCCUCGGCUGCAGAGUGCCCUGGUGGCUCAGUUGCAGGAGGACAAGCUGCAGCCAGACCCAGACCUCCUCCUGGCUGCCGGUCAGCUCUCCCAGGCGAUGCAGGGGGCCACUGGCAUCCUUCUCCUGGGGCCCUCGGGAAGUGGCAAGACCACCACCUGGCGAACUUUGUCCAAGGCCCAGAGUAGGCUGGCAGCCAGCGAUGCCACGCCAGGGAUGCAGGAUUCGAGUUCCUGUGAGAAGGCGGCCUUCCGACCUGUAAGUACUGUCUGCUUGUGGCCCAAUGCCCUGAGCGUGUCCGAGUUUGUAGGCAACUUGGAAGGCAGCCUGUGGCAAGACGGGGUCUUCUCCCGGAUCUUGCAACGGGCAGCCACCUCAGCUGCAGCUUGUGGGACUGGCGAGGGCAGCUCCCAGCAGUGGUUGGUGCUGGACGGCGCUGCUUGCCAAGAAUGGCUGGAGCCCAUCUCCUUGCUCUUCAGUGCCAGGCCUUUCUUCAGCCUGCCCAACGGGCAGAGGCUGCGGGCCCCCAAGAACCUCCGCUUCCUCUUUGAGAUGCUGGACGCUUCAGAGAUGCCCCCCUCGGUCUGCACCCACUGCGCCCUACUGCACCUGGAGGGCUCCCGGCUCUGGCAGGUGCUGCUCUCCUCUGCCUUUGCCCCAGCGCAGCACAAGUACAGCCUCUCCCUGGAGAUCCUGUCCACGCUGCACGGCCAGGCCAAGGAGCUCUUCCCGGCCACCAUGGCCUUCCUGCAGCAGCACUGCUGCCCUGCCCUGCUGCCCCACGCCCACCCCCAGCACCCGCUGGCCCAGGGGGUCCAGGAGACCACGGCCUUUGCUAGGAUCUUCCAGGCCCUGCUCAAGCACUACAUGCGCCGUGACCAGCUCAAGCCCCGGCCGGCUGUCAAGGUGGCCACAGAAAUCAGCUCCUGGAUGCCUCCCAGCUUGAAGGCUCCCAGCCUGGAUGAGGUCCCCACCCAUCACCCCCUGCUGGCCCAGAGCAUCUUUGUCUUCGCCUACAUUUGGGGCUUUGGGAGCCACCUCCAGACCAGGUACUGGCCUCUCUUUGACCAAUUUGUCCGCCAGGCCCUCCGCAACAGCAGCUUGUCCAUCCACCUCCCUGUGGAGGUUUCAGCUUUUGAUCUUUAUCCUCUGGCCGAGGACGGCACUCUGAGGCCUUUCAAUGGCCGUUACCUGCACAGUUACCUCAAGACUCUUCCUGUGGGCUUCUCAGUGUUGCCGCAGUAUGAGCGGGUGCUUUUUGUACUGAACAUGCUACUGGGCUCAGAGCAGCCCAUCCUCCUGGUCGGGGAGCCGGGCUGUGGAAAAUCCACCUUUGCUGAGAUGCUUGUGCAGCCCAAUUACUUGUUUCACCGGGUGUCCCUCACGCCUGCAUUCAACACAGUGCACCUGCGUCAACUGCUGCACAGGAGGUCUCAGAGCACCCUGCGGGAGAAAGGCCUCUUCCCCACUGGCAAGCCCACUUGGGGUGCAGCGAGCAAAGGACGCUUCCUCUUCUUGAUGGAGGAUUUGCACCUGGCUUUUGUCGAUCCAGUUCGAGGCACCAGCCCUGUGAUUGAGUCUCUGCGCCAGACCCUCACCCUCCAGCAGUUCUACCACGCCGAGACUCUGGAGCUGCAGCAAUGCCCAGCCACAGGUUUCAACUGCUUUGGUACUCUUUCCAUCCCAAUCACCGGCAGCCUUCCACUUUGUCCUCGUUUUGGCAGGCUUUUCAGCACGGUGGUGCUACCGGCCAUGAACAGGGAGUCUUUGCUCAGCAUGCACAUUGGCACGGUUUUAACCUGGCUGGAGAAAUUCCCUCUGCUGACCCGGCAUCACGAGUUGGCCUCUGCAGUGGUCAAGGCCACCCUGGACACUUACGAAGCAGUGAGAAGAAAGUUCCGCCCCUCCCCUGCCUGCUGCCUCUUCCAGUUCUCCUUGCAUGAUGUUGCGAAGGUGAUCAAGGGGAUGCUUCUGCUGCGGCCCCGUCCAGGGGUUCAUCUGAGCACCCCCCUGGAAGACCAUGGUUCCAAGGGGUCAAGCCCCAGGCGCACCUCUGUUAUGGGGAGGCCGGCCGUGGGCACAGGGUACACGGCAAUACUCAGCACCCGGUUGAUCAUCCGGCUUUGGAUGCACGAGAGCCUGCGCACCUUCUGUGACCCUCUGCGAGGAAAGCAGCAGCGAGACCUCUGUGAACAGAUACUGUUGGAAAUCGCCACCACUCUCUUCUGUGCCAAGCAUUGUGUUUUGCGGGUGGUUCCCUCCCUUACUUCCCCUGUUCACACACGCACCACUAUUCAGUUUCGCAGCACAUCUGACACCUGUCUGACCACAGUCUCUGUGGCGGAGGAGGACCCCAGAGAGGAGCACCUCCUCUCGACUCUGCAAGCUGAGCCUGAGUUCCCAUACAGUAGUGAGAUCGGCUAUCCAAACUCCUGGGAUCCUGUGGAGCAGGCCCCAGCCCUGGCACUUGACCCACCCGAUCCGCCUCCUUGGGGAGAAGUUGCCCUGGGAGAAACAGAAAAUGAGGCCCCCGAAACAGAACCCGAAGAAGUGGAUGGGGGAAAGAGGCCAAGCAGUGGGAAGCCCAGCCAACUUAGAGUGCCUGAAUCUCACGCCACUCCCCACCGAUCUUUCCUCAUGCGAGUCAAACGCCGUACCUCAGGCAGGAAAGACAGUUCUGGCCCGCUGCUGCCGCUUCAUCUCCUGCUCCUGCAGGGUGAGUCCCCAGCAGAUAUUGUCUUCAGCAAGGACCUGGGCCCUGACUUCUACGGCCCCAGUGCUCACAAUCCCUAUCAGGAGAAGCUCUGGAAAACCCUAGAGACACAGCUGGGCUCUUGCCUGCCCCCUGACUUCUUGUUGUGCUCAGAUGUACUGAGGCAUGUGGUACGGCUGGCCCGUCUGCUUUGGGGCCCAGACAGGCACGGAGCCCUGGUAUCUUUUGUCCGGUGCACAGGCCGGCAGUCCCUGGUGGCUCUUGUUGCUCGUGCCACAGACACUCUGCUCGUGAACCUGCCAGCAAACGCUAGUGAGGCAGAGGCAUUGGCACUACUGAGGUCGGCAAGCUGGCAGGCUGGAAUUACAGGGAGUCGAGUAAUGGUGCUGGUGCACUCAGGAGUGAGUGUGGCCAUCUUGCACCAGGUCCUGGCGCUGAUGACUGAAGGCACUUGCCCUGGACUCUCUAACCCAGGCGAUUCCGUGGCCAUCAUCCAGGCCAUGCUGCAGGAGAACCAGAGCAUCAAGCGCAACAUGCGGGAGGACCUUGUGCUGCAGAAGUUUUUCCAGUUGGUGCGUUCCAACUUGCAUGUGUUCCUGCUCUUGGGGACUCCUGGGUCCUUGGCACUCCCACCCCUCACAGCCACAGCUUUGGCUCAGUCGCUCUGCAGCUUGGAGAUCUACCAGAACUGGAGCCAGGAGUCCUUGCUACAGGUGGCCUCCAAGCACUUGAAGGGCCACUUCAAGAGUGCCAUACGGUUUACCCGAGAGCCCCUGUCCUUGCAUGCCCAGAAGGACCUGCUGCACAAUAUGUCCGUGGCUGCAUCCCAGAUCCACUCCUCGGCAGCCGAUUACGCCUCCUCCCUGGCCGACAGCCUGCCCCUCAUCAGCCCCAAGAGCUUUCUGGAUUUCCUGGAUUCCUAUGUCUACCUGUUGGACAGCCUGCAGGAACAAGUCAACAGGAGAGCUGAACGGAUGAAGCUGGCAUUGCAGAAGAUGAGUGAAGUGAGCAAAAAGCAGCAAGAACAUACGCGAGACGUCCGGGUCCUACAGCAGAAACUGGUCAAGAUUAAACAGCAAAUGACCCAGAGCCAGAAGGAGGUGGAACGGGAACAAGAGGUGUUGAAGCAGCAGGAGUUGGAAUGCCGAAAGUUCGAGGCACGCAUCGACAUCCUGACCAAGAAAAGAGAUGCUUUGGAGAAGAAGAAGGAGUUGGCCAUGAAGAAGGUGAGCCAGGACUACAAGGCCGCCCUGGCCGCCCUGCGAGUACAGGACAUCGAGGAGCUGCGGAGCUACCGGCAACCCCCCACUUUAGUGGUCCAAGUGACCGACUCCCUCUGCCAGAUGUUCCAGGUGGAGCCCGGGUGGGAGAGCGCCAAGCUUCUGCUCAACAGGGAGGAUUUUCACCAGACCUUCUCUCCCUUCCAGGAUCUGGUCUUCUACCCCAAGGAGACUCUCAGCAUGGAGCUCUUCCAAGCUCUGGGCCAAGUGGUCUCCCACGAGAGUUUGUCUGUGGCUGCCAUCCAGAAUGCCAGCCAAGCGGCCGCAGCUCUUUAUCAAUGGAUCUGCUCUGUCUACUGGUACCAGUGGGCGCUGCAUGAGUGGCAGCCGGCCAUGCUGCAGCUGCAGUCCUGCGAGGACCAGAUCAAUGCGGAGAAAGUCAGCCUUGGUGACCGGCGCCUUCACUCGGAGUACCUGCGGGACACUACCCAGGCCCGCAUCAGGGAGCUGAGGCAGAAGCAGGAGCACCAGGAGAAGCUGCUUCAGCAGCUCACGCAGUCCUUGCAGGCCAAAGAGGAGGCCAGCACAGUGGAGAGCUCCGUGGCUGAACACCUGGCCAGCUGGACGGCCAUGGCCAAGGACCUGGAGUGCCAGCAGAGCACAGUGCAUGGCGAUGCACUUCUCUGCUCGGCUGUCAUCUCAUACCUGGGUCCCUUCUCCACACCACGGCGAAAAGAGCUUCUGGAGAAGUGGCAGGCCGUGUGCGAAGGAUCCCGGGUUCUCCUGGGCCCCUGUGAUGUCAGCUGGCUCCUGCAGAAGGAGUUGCCCUGCCCGGGCCAGGCACCUUCUGGCCCGCCGCUGCUCCCGGUGCAGAAGCCACUGAAGGUGGCCUCUUUGCUCAGUUCGGCUCAGCAGCAGCGCCUCUGGGAUCGGCUCCACAAGCCGAAGGAUGCCGACAGUCGCCUCGUCGCCAUUAUCAUUCAUUCCAGCAUCCACCAGCGGGCCCACCGAUGGCCUCUCUUGGUGGACCCAGACAAGCAGGCCCAGACCUGGCUGCUGAUGACUUCCUCUUUGGAAGAGGAGGAGUCCCAGGCCCAGGCCCUCUCUGACCUGGUGCCGGACAUGGUGGAGCAAGGGGGUGGCGAUGAGAUCCCCGAGGACAACCUGGAAAUCCUGUCCCUGACCAGCCCUGAUCUCGAGCAGUGCCUCAAGGGUGCCAUCAAGUUUGGCAACCCUGUGCUGCUGACGGACUUUGAAAAGGACGUUCCCUGGUGUUCGGCCCUCCAGCAGUUGAUGGAGAAGGAAUCCUUUUGGGGUUGCCCAGAGGGCAAAAUUUUCUUCCCUGCCUCCGAAGAAGAUGGAGUGGAAGCUGAGCACCUGCCCAUCCCGCCUUCUUUUUCCUUGUACCUGUGCACGGAGCUGCCUCUUAAAUCCUUGGCUGCAGAGGCCGACCAUUCGCUCCUGAAAAGGCUGAACCUCAUCGACCUCAGCCUUAGCCAGGGGGCCCUGGAGGACCGACUACUGGGCGAAGUGCUGCACGUGGAGCGGCCGGAGAUUCUGAAGAACCAGCAGAUCUUGUAUCUCGGGAUCCUGCAGCUGGAAGGCAAGCUGGAGGCCACGGAGGAGGAGCUGAUGGACCUGAUUUCGCAGCCACAGCAGUCGCUCUUGGAGGAGGAGAACUUCAUGCCGAUUGUGCGGCUCCUCCAGACCCAGAUUCAAGCGCUGCAUGCCACACACAGGCACAUGGUCUCCCAGCACCAGGACCAGGCUGUCCUGUGUGGCAGGUAUCGGCCGGUGGCCUGCCUGGCGGUGGGGCUGCACGAGGCGCUGCAGCAGGUGGGCUGCCUGCACCCGCUCUACCGCUUCCCCACCGAGUUCUGUGUCAGCCGUGUGCGGCAAGCCCUGAUCUCAGCCAAGCGCCAGGAGGCCAGCAAGCAGGAAUCCCUGGAGGCCCGGCUGCUGGAGCUCAGCAGGAUGGUGCUCUGGCAGCUGCUCACCCAGGCCCUGCCCUGCCUGCAGGAGGCACACCGCCCACUCUUCUUCUUCCUGGGAGCCGUGACCACGCUGAGAGUGGCAGGGGACAUCAGCUCCCUGGAGUGGCUGGCCUUCACCCAGGGCCUGCAAGACCCAGCCGCCAAGGCCCUUCUCCUGCCCCUGGGGCCCGGCCCGGUCUGCCCUGACUGGGUGAGUGCAGAGGCUUGGGAGGAAUGCGCCUUGCUGGAGAAUCUUCCUGGCUUCCAUGGAUUGCUGGCCUCUCUGGCCGAGAAGGCGGUGCAAUGGCAAGAGUACUUCACUCUGCCCUCCACGGUGGUGGGACCGGCUCUGUGCCCCAGCCAUGCGCAUCUCAGCCCUUUCCAGCGUGCCAUCCUUUGGCGCAUUCUGUGCCCCAGGGCCAUGUGCCAGGUGAUCUCCGAUCUUACCACCUGCUUGUUGGGCUGGUCUUUCACUGAAAAAAUGGCAGCCGUCAAUCCCUACUCCUAUAGCCGCGCCAAUAAGCCAAUCAUCUUGGUCACGGCCCCGGCUGGAUCGCAGGUUUCCUUUACGCAUCCUUUGCUCUGGAUCCAGCAGAUGGCAGCCCAGCGGGGACGGAGGGGGAGAGUGGUCGUCAUCUCCUUUGGUACCCCAGAUGCCUCCCGGCGUGUCCAGCGAACGCUGCCCCUUUGCACCAAGAAGGGGAAGUGGCUGGUCCUGGACAACUGCCAGCUACUGAACAGCUGGGAUCCUGAGGUUCUGCUGCAGUUGGACCUGAUACUGACCACCACAGCAGGACUGAGCAAAGGGGGGCCCUUGGAGAUCCACCCCAAGUUCCGGCUUUGGCUCAUCACAACGCUCAAUGCCUCUGACUCUGUGCCAGGGCCCGUGCACCGCAGUGCCACCACCUUUUUCUGCGAGAUGCCCCUGGAGCUGAAAGGCAUCCUGGCCCACACUCACCAGUGGCUGCAGGGACAGGUCCAGAACCUGGACACGGAGAAGCGACUAUCGCUGCUUGUCCUUCAUGGGGUCCUGCUGUAUCGGCAGAACUAUGCCCCCUGGACACAGGCCGCGUCUUACCUCUGGAGUCAUGGGGAGAUCUUGGCAGGCCUCAAGGCUCUUGAGAAGCUGAGCUGGAUGGCAGACUCCUCUGAGGAAGCGCAGCUGCAGCUGGCAGGGACCAUCCUCUAUGGAGGCCAUGUUCUGGAUGAGGGGGAUGCGCAAGCAGUGGAGAGCUUGUGUCAGCAGUGCUUGGCUCCCACUUCCCACCUGCUACCCGGCUCCGGCCUUCAGAGGCUCCUCGCUGCGGUCAUUGGCCACACAAGCCCAGGUAAGAAGUGGCCAUGCAGAGCCUCGCCCCAGAAGGCAGACUGGCUCCGCCCUGAUCUUCUCCUCCUCCUCCAAGGGCUCUUCGAAGACGAGGCCUCGGCAGCCACCCAAGGGCGAAUACAGCAGCUGCCCAGCCCCAUGGACCCUACCUGGGUAGGCCUUUGCGCCAGCCUGCAAACCCAAAUGUUGGCCGGCCGAAGCCAAACCCUGCUCUCAGCCCUGAAGGCGUCCCAGGGCCUUUGGUCUUCCUGGACCUGGCAGCUCCCGACAACACUGGAGCAGCUGGCCAAGCAAGGCCUGGAGGUGGUGCAGGAGCUGCAGAAGCAGCUGGAGCAGUGCGGCUGGGAGGUGGGAGCCCGAGGGCGCCCUCCCCCUGGGCAGCCGCACCCCAAACCCCGCCCCCUGCAACGCUUCCUGCUGGAGGAGGCAGGCGCCUUCCUGGCUUUGCUCGACCAGGUAGGCAGGGACCUGGCCUGCACCCAGCAGUGCCUGCAGGGGUUGCCCUGCUCCUCCCCCCGCUGCAUUGCUCUCCUCCAGGCCCUGCAGCGGCAGCAGCUGCCCCGCCACUGGCUACCCUACGCUCCCACCGGUCGUGAGCCCUUGCAGGACUGGCUGAGGACACUCCAGAAACGGGGUGAGCUUCUGUGCCACUACCUGCUCUCCAUUGGGGGGGAGUCAGUGGUCUCCUACCAGCUGGCAGCCUUCCAGCAGCCACAGCGCCUCUUCCUGGCCCUGCUCCAAGAGACAGCCCGGGCAGAAAAGCAAGAGCUGGAGAGCUUCCACCUAGACCAGCAGGUGUUGCCCAGCCUGCUGCCCCCCGGCAUUGCCCCUGAGAAGGGCCUCUACCUGGGUGGCCUGGAGGUCUACCAUGCUGCCUGGAAUGCCCACAGCGGCCACCUCCAGGAGACCCUCUCAGCACAAACCUGCCAGCUGCCUCCGGUUUGGGUGCAAGCUAGCCGGGAGCCCUGGGAGGCAGCCUCUGCCCCCACGUAUCAAUGUCCUGUGUACUUGGGGACUCCCCAGGCAGCCCUGGAUCUCCGCAGUCAGCGGGUCGUCAUGCACCUGGCUCUCCCUUCCAAGAUGUCUCCUGAGCUGUGCACCCAGCAGCGGGUUCACGCUAUCAGCAUUCUGCGGUGAGAAGCCAUCGCAAGGGCCAAACCAUGGGAGAAACCCCGAGGUCAAGCUGUCCCAACCCUCCCUCCUUGUAGGCAGAGAGAUCGCCAUCGUAACUACAGAAAUAAAACCAUAUAUUAUGAGUGUGUACAAAACAGUCCCCCAGUGCUCUCCCACUUUGCCAGCCACGGAGGUCCCCUGCAUCAGUUAUAAAUAAGCUGACCUCGAACACCACCCCGUCCCCCAGUGGGGCCACCCGGCCCGCAGGCUCCCCAAG